AUGGAGACAAAAGAAAUAUAUGAAGAGCCAGAUAGUACGAGCAUUCUGUACUCAAAUACCAAACAUGCAGCCAUCACCUUCCAAAUUCCUCACCUCUCCACCACCUGCCAUCGCAUCAACUUCGAGACUUCUCAACCACCACUCCCAGAAUACAAAAACCUCUGCGCAGCAGUCAUAGAUAACGCGUUCACUGAAGAAGAAUGCGCCGAACUCAUCCGCAUUGCGGAGUCCAGCACUAUCCCUCCUGGCGACUCUACCGCGACACCUACGUGGGAGCGCGCCAUGAUCAAUAUCGGAAACGGCAGGCAAGCGCUCGCAACUGAUACGCGGAAUUGCGGACGUAUUAUCUAUGAUUCCGAGGAUAUAGCAGAUAAGCUGCUGGCUCGGUUACUGCCAUUUUUCAAGGAAUUGGGGAUCGACAAAAUUGAGAAUCAACCUCGGGUGACGGGCCUUGGAGGGCGGAAUAAAGCUUAUGGAAUGACUCGGUUGAAUGAACGGCUGAGGUUCCUCAAGUAUGAAGGGGGGGAGUACUUCCGGCCGCAUUGGGAUGCGCUAUACAUGACGCCUGAUGGAAAGGAGAAGUCGUACUAUACUAUUCAAUUGUACUUGAAUGGCAAUGGGGAGCAGGAUCUUGGGGAAUUGAAGAGGGAAAUGAAGAGGGCUGAGCGAGGAGAGGGGGAGGUAAAUAUGGAUGUGAAGGGCGAGCUGCUGGGUGGAGCGACGUCUUUUCUACCCCGGUAUGAGGAGAAGGAGAGGCAUUUGCGUGUCUUUCCGAAGACCGGUUCGGUGUUGGUGUUUCAGCAGAUGGAUCUGCUUCAUGGCGGGGAUCCGGUCUUGAGAGGCACGAAAUAUACGAUGCGGACGGAUGUGAUGUAUCAGCAGUUGUGA